AUGUGUGCUAGGGUUCUGGUAGUGUUGCUGGCUGUGUCCUGCGCUGUUUCUGCUCAGUCAGAUGUGGAGAACAGGGCGAAGGUGUUCCUGCAGAAGUUCGACGUGGAGGCCACCCAACGUAUGUACCAGUACUCGCUGGCAUCAUGGGCCUACAACACCAACAUCUCCAAGGAGACCUCGGACAAGCUGUCAGAGCAGGGGGAAAUAUGGGGCACUUUCUACACCAACAUGUCAGAGCAGUCCCUGCAAUUCCCCAUCGACCAGAUCAACGAUCGAGAAAUCAAAUUACAGCUCAUCUCCCUACAAGACAAAGGCUCUGGUGCCCUAUCCACAGAUAAAGCUGCACGUCUCAGUAAGGUCAUGAGUGAAAUGAGCACAAUCUACAGCACGGCCACGGUGUGUCUAAAGGACGACCCCGUUAACUGCCAGACUUUGGAGCCAGGCCUGGAGCACGUAAUGGCCAACAGCAAGGACUACUUUGAGCGUCUGCAUGUGUGGGAGGGCUGGAGGAAGGAGACGGGGAAGAGGAUGAGGCCUCUCUACGAAGACUAUGUGGAUCUGAAGAAUGAAGCUUCCAAACUAAAUGCUUUUGAAGACUAUGGAGCUUACUGGAGAUAUAACUAUGAGACCAUUGAGGAGGACGUUCCGUACAAGUACACCGGGAAUCAGCUGAUGGAAGAUGUCCGUUCUGUGUACAAAGAGACCCUGCCCUUAUACAAGGAGCUGCAUGCCUAUGUGAGAGCCAAGCUUAUGGAGGUCUACAAAGGACACAUUGAUCCACAAGGACCUCUGCCAGCCCACCUGCUGGGUGACAUGUGGGGAAGAUUCUGGACCAACCUGUACCCUCUGUCAGUCCCCUACAAUAAAACAGAUAUUGACGUCAGCGAAGCGAUGGUGAACCAGAAGUGGACUGAGCGUCAAUUUUUCGAAGAAGCAGAGAAGUUCUUCAUGUCUGUGGGCCUGUACGAGAUGUUCCCAAACUUCUGGAAUAACUCCAUGUUUGUGAAGCCUGAGGACGGACGCAAAGUGGUCUGUCACCCCACAGCCUGGGACAUGGGAAACAAAAAGGACUUUAGGAUCAAAAUGUGCACAGAGGUCAACAUGGACAACUUCCUCACAGCGCACCAUGAGAUGGGUCACAACCAGUACCAGAUGGCCUACCGUAACCUGUCCUACCUCCUGAGGGACGGAGCCAACGAGGGAUUCCACGAGGCCGUAGGAGAAAUCAUGUCCCUCUCUGCAGCAACGCCCAAACACCUGCAGAGCCUGAAUCUCUUGCCUGCGGACUUCGUUUAUGAUAAUGAAACAGAGAUCAACUUCCUGCUGAAACAGGCGCUCACCAUCGUGGCCACGCUGCCGUUCACCUACAUGCUGGAGGAGUGGAGGUGGCAGGUGUUUGCAGGGAACAUCACCAAGGAUAAUUGGAUGAAGCGCUGGUGGGAGAUGAAGAGGGAGCUGGUGGGGGUGGUGGAGCCAGUGCCGAGAGACGAGACCUACUGUGACCCGCCUGCUCUGUUCCAUGUGUCUGGAGACUAUUCUUUCAUCAGGUACUUCACGAGAACCAUCUACCAGUUCCAGUUCCAGAAAGCGCUCUGUGAUGCGGCUGGUCAUACAGGUGCCCUGUCUACAUGUGACAUUACUGACUCUAAACCAGCAGGAACCAAACUGAGGACUAUGUUAGAGCUGGGGAGGUCCCAGUCCUGGACCAGGGCUUUGCAAACGAUAUCCGGUGAUGUUAAGAUGAACGCCAGACCUCUGUUGGAUUAUUUCCAAAAACUUCAUGACUGGCUGAAGGCAGACAACAAGAAACACAACAGGAAUGUUGGCUGGAAGACCGAAAUAGAUCCAAAUUCAGGGUAUGCCAUUAAAGUGAGGCUCAGUUUGAAGGCUGCCAUGGGUGAUAAUGCUUAUACCUGGAACGACAACGAGCUGUACCUGUUCGAGGCCAACAUUGCAUACGCUUUGAGGCAGUACUACAGCCAAAAGAAGGAGUCCCUCAUCUUCACAGCGGAGAACGUCAUUGUCAGCAAUGAGACUCCCAGGAUCUCCUUCUACAUUAAGGUCACCAACCCAAACAAUACCAGCACUUUUAUCCCAAAAGUUGAUGUGGAGGCGGCCAUACGGUUAUGUCGAGGCCGAAUCAACGAUGCUUUCCAAUUGGAUGACAAGACGCUGGAGUUCGAGGGUAUCCUAGCAACGCUCGCCCCUCCUGUGGAGCAGCCGGUGCAGGUGUGGCUGGUGGUGUUUGGGGUGGUCAUGGGAAUCGUGGUGAUGGCGGGCGUCUACCUUGUCAUCUCCGGUGUCAGAGAGCGCAAGAAGAAAUCGGCAAAGCCGGCAAUGGAGAAUCCUUAUGAAACUAACAGUGAUGGACAAAUUAACAAAGCCUUUGAGGACAAUGAUGAUGAACAAACUGGUUUCUGAGUCAACUGAAGAACAGAGGGAAGGAGUCCUCAAAGCUAACCUUUCAUCAAACAUCAACAUAACUGCAAAAUGUGUAUACGUGUUAUAAGUUUUAAUUUAUCAGGUUAUUUUAUAGUGAAUACCCUUGUAAAACAGCAUUCUUAAUUACACGUAAUUGUAGUAUACAAAAUAUAACUCCAUGUGAGUCUAUCUGCCUUGACUGCUAUUUUGUUUGUUGUUUGUUAUGUUUUUUGUAUAAAUAAUGGACAUUUGCCUUGUAUUAUGUGUAUAUUUAAAUUAUAUGAAAUUUUUCUCUUUAUUAAUGUAUAUCAGAAAGUGUUCAAUAAACAAAGUUAUUAUCAC